AUGGCCCAACCAACCGUCAAACGUGCAUGGUGGAAGGAGUCCUCCGUCUACCAAAUCUACCCCGCCUCUUUUAAAGACUCCAACGGAGAUGGAGUCGGAGAUAUCCCAGGCAUAAUCUCAAAGCUAGACUACAUCAAAGCUUUAGGAAUCGACAUUAUUUGGUGCUGCCCCAUUUACAAAUCCCCCCAAAUCGAUAUGGGCUACGACAUUUCAGACUACAAAGACAUUCACGCUCCAUACGGCACCGUCGCUGACGUCGAGAAGCUUAUCGAGGGGUGCCACAGUCGGGGAAUGAAGUUUUUGAUGGAUUUGGUGGUGAACCAUACAUCUGAUCAGCAUAAAUGGUUCCAAGAGGCAAAGUCUUCGAAGGAUAGCCCGUACCGUGAUUGGUAUAUUUGGAAGAAACCAAAAUAUGAUGCUGAAGGCAAACGUCAGCCGCCCAACAAUUGGGGAGCCGUUUGGGGCGGAAGUGCUUGGGAGUACGAUGAAGCUUCUGAUGAAUAUUACUUGCACAUCUUCGCUCCCGAGCAACCCGAUCUCAAUUGGGAGCACCCUCCCGUUCGAGAUGCAGUCCACGAUAUCAUGCGUUUCUGGUUAGACAAAGGCGCGGAUGGUUUCAGAUUGGACGUAAUAAACUUCAUCAGCAAAGUUCCCGGUCUUCCAGAUGCUCCCAUCACUCGAAAGGACCAGGUCUACCAACCUGGCGACAAGUAUUUCGCUUGUGGUCCAAGGCUUCAUGAGUAUCUUCUACAACUUGGAAAUAUUCUUAAGCAAUACAACGCUUUUUCUGUGGGAGAAAUGCCGUCGGUACAAGAUCCGAAGGAAAUAUUGAACGCUGUUGCGUAUGACCGUGGAGAGCUAAAUAUGAUAUUCAACUUUGAGAUUGUCGACAUGGACAUUGGCAAAGAAGGAAAGUUCUCUCGAAGGCCAUGGACAAUGCCUAAGCUCAAAGGCAUUGUCGACAAAUGGCAAAAUUUCAUGAUAGAUAAUGAUGGAUGGAACUCUUUGUAUCUUGAGAAUCAUGACCAAAGCAGAUGCGUCUCGCGCUGGGGUUCUGACUUACCGGAAUUUAGGACUCUUGCCGCCAAGAUGUUUGCAACCUUCCUUGUGUUACAAAGUGGGACGGUCUUCGUGUACCAAGGCCAAGAGAUUGGAAUGAUUAAUAUCCCCAUUAGCAGACCAGUUACCGAGUACAAAGAUCUUGAGACGCUAAAUGCUUGGAAAGAAUUACUCGAGAGGUACCCAAACGACAAGGAGCGACAACGAAUCACACACGAAGAAAUCCAACUGAAGUCUAGAGACAAUGCAAGAACUCCUAUGCAGUGGAACACCUCCAAAUACGCUGGCUUCUCAACGGCCGAACCGUGGCAACGAGAAAACGAAAGCUACCACGACAUCAAUGCCGAGUCUCAAAUUGGCGUCAAAGGGAGCGUAUUCCAGUACUGGGCCUCUAUUCUUGCGCUGCGAAAGUCUCAUAAGGACAUCUUCAUCUACGGGAAUUUCAAGCUGCUUGAUGUGGAUCAUGAGGAUGUCUUCGCCUACACUCGAACUUUCGAGGGCAAGACCGUUAUUAUUGUUACGAACUUUCGGAAAAGACCAGUGAAAUGGUCGCUGCCGCAAAAGAUUACCAUACAGCAAGAUCAGGUACUGGUAUCAAACUACGAUGGGGUCUCCGUGGCAGACGAAACCGCAUCGUUGCGUCCCUUUGAGGCAUUCGCGGCUUUUGUCAAUUAG